AUGUCGGACCCAUCGCAGUACUGCGUGCAAUGCCGCACCACCUAUGCUGUGGCUAUGUUCAUGCGUGAGAAUGGCGACGGGCCUUUCAAGCGCUGCAACACGUGCCGACAGAAAAACACCAACGCACAUCGAGCUUGGCGUCAGUCUCAUCCCCAGAAUCAAGGCCACGACCCCCAUGGCUCGUCCGCCGCCCCUGGCUCUUCUGCUGCCGCUGUUGGUCCGCCUGUUGCUGCUGGCCCAUCUGCUGGGGCUGUCGUGAGCAGGGCUUUCACUAAAGCGGCUAACGCUGACAAUACCCCCACUGGAAAUAUUUCGGCCAAGACUCUCCCAGGCGCCACUCAACAUUUUAAUAAAACCCGUGACAUCGUUGUUGCUCCCGAGAUUAUUGAAACUGUCGCUGGAAUUACUAUCAGCAAGACAGUGAUCACGAUCACUAACGUAAUCUGCAAUGUGGAGAAGGGUGGGGGUGAAGAUAUAGCAUCUCCUGAGAUCGAAACUCAACACGACGCUUUGAUGACUGGCACAAUUCCGUAUCACGACACGAACGACGCAUACUCCAAAAAUGAGAAUGAUGGCGAUGACGAUGAGUCGGAGAACAGCAAUACUCUUCGCGGACGUUUCUUCUGUGUGCACUGCGAGCGAGUUCGUGAGGCCAAACAAUGUGGACUCUUCUUCUGUCUUUCCUGCAUCGGAGGUGCGAAGCAGUGUCUCGAGUGUCAGAUGCCCCGACCUUGGUCUCACUUUGAAGAGACAGGGCACAAGGAGGAGGGUUAUGAAAGCUCUUCUGAGUCUUCGCAACCGAGAUCGGAGACCCUGGGUGAUGCUGAUACUGAGAUUUAA